AGAGGCUUGUGCUGCCCCCCUCCCCCAGGCCAAUCUCUCAGAUCCUAUUGGUUGUUUUUUCGAGCCAAUAGGCGUUGAGAGAUUGGCUGAGGUCAGUUCCUAUUGGCUGGUUGUUUCCAGCCAAGAGGAGAUGAAGACUGGGCCAAGAGUGAGGAGAUCACAUGAAGCUUUCCCCUCCCUCCAGAGCAGAGAGUCACAUAGAGCAGCCCUGUGCUUAAAACAAUGGCUGCUGUGUGCCUGAGGGUCCCGACAGGGUGGUGUGUGGCCACGGACCGGAUCUGGUGGCUUGGUGGGCUAGAUUCGGCCUGCAAGAGGUAUCUUGCUCACCCCUGGUCUGGGUGGACCAGCACUAAGAGACGCUCUUUGCUGACCGCAGAGAGAUGGGAAGAUGCAGGAAUUUUAGGUUCCAUUAAAGACUCCUGAGGGUAGUAUGCUCUGGUGGGCACCCUUUCCCUCCAAACACAACCCCUUUCUACCUAGUCUCCUCCAGUAUGUCUUUGUCCCAGGCCUCUCUUUCCCCCACUUAGAUAGUUCUCCUCCUCAGGCUUCCCAUUCCAGUCCCAGAUAUUCCCUCCUGGUUCUUCAUACAAUCUCUCUCUCUUCACCCCCCUGGCCUCCAGGCAUCCCACACCUGCUCAGAAUCUUUAGCUGCAUUGGCUGCCAGGUCCAAGGUUAAUCUCCAGGCUCCUUGUUCAAUCUCAGUGUGUCACUCAAGCUCUUUCUCCCAGUUUCUUUGCCCAUUCAAUCCCUGGCUCCUUACUGGGUCUGCCUCUCCUUCCCCUUCACUUCUUUCCCCUUGUCCCACUAAUUCUCAGUCUUAGUCUUCUUGUCUAGCUAGUCACAGUCUCCACCAGGUACCUCAUCUGGACACAGUCUAUCCCUCCCAUCUUUUGCCCUCUGCAUUUGAUUCUGGCAGUUUUCUCCUUUGGGCUGCCUGGGCCCAGCAUAGGCGUCACCAAGAGCAAGGAGAGACAGGCUCCCUCCCUGCACUCAGUUCUGGGACAGAGAGCUGCAAUUGCAGGGAAAUCCUGCAUCCUCAGCAUGACCAGAGUCAAUGGAAGCUUCAGAGCAUUUAGUUGCUAAAAUGUAAGAAGUCUGCCCAGCAUCUCUGUGUGAGACCUUGGUUCAUUAGCAUGAACUGCAGAGUUAUACUUUUAGCUCUGGAAGUUCCCUAGUUUAGUCCCUGGUAUUUGGCCCCACCUGGUGAUUGACACAUUGCCACCAUUAGCCAAUAUAAUAACAGAAGGAGACGACAAUCUGCUUUUUAAGAUGUUCAUUUUGUGUCACUCCCGUAUGUCACCUUGACUAGGCUGCUCUUCCCCUUGUUCUGUUGGAAACUCUGGUUUCCACUAGCCACUUCUGCAGAACAUAUUUCUCUGUUUCUAUCUUUCUGUCCCCAUGCACACAACAGGCCUUAGGUGAGCUUUGGAUCAGCUAUGGCGGAUCCAAGAAUAAAAGUAAAAAGUCCUGUUGGAAAAUCCAUUUACUAACUGGUAUUUUCCAGGCAGGGCCUAACCCCAGAUCCCCAGCAGUCCUAAACACAAGCUCUUCUGUCUGCGCAUUGUAAAACAAACACAGGACUAAUUCUUUUCUUUUUAUUCUGAUGGACUAAGACACAUUUCCACUGCACAUAUAGAAGGCCUUACGAGGGAUACAGACCUGCUGCCAUCUAGCCCUACCACUGCAAUGGAGAGUGAAUUUCUUUUAAGUAGUGAUACAGACGCUUUAGGUCCAGUGACUGAUCCAUCAGCUUCUAUAAUGGUUCCAGAAUCUAGUGGAUAUGAGCCUGAAGGCUUUACAUUUUAUCACAUGGAUCUCUAUGAAUCAAAGGAAAGAUUAGAAAUCUUUCCUGAUGAGCCUGUUGGAAGAGGCAAUGGGGAUUUGGGAGAAACCAGCAAAGAGUCAACAGAGCCAGGUGAAGAUUUUUGCAGUUCAGACCCUAAUCCAUAUGACUUGGAAAAGGAAGUUGAUGAACUAGCAAAACUAUAUGGACUUGAUGACGAUACAGAAAUAGAACAGGAGCUUCUUCGUGGGACUAAAGCUAUGGCUGGGAUUUUACAGAGCAAAGAGACAUCUUCUUAUAACAAGGAAGCAGUAGCUGCAGAAUCAUAUGCCCCGGAGAGCAGCUCACCAGUAAACAGUGCUCAGCCUCAAAAUCACACGCAAAGCCCAGAGGAACAGAGCAGCUCACCAGUAAAUGGUGCUCAGCUUCAAAAUCACACGCAAAGCCCAGAGGAACAGAGCAGCUCACCAGUAAAUGGCACUCAGCCUCACAAUCACACACAAAGCCCAGAGGAACAGAGCAGCUCACCAGUAAAUGGCGCUCAGCCUCAAAAUCACAUGCAAAGCCCAGAGGAACAGACGCUCCCUGGUGAGGAUUCUCAAGAUGAAUCUCAGCACUUACCCAACACCACAGCAGCUGAUGAGUUGCUGAAUCAGGCAUGUUCCAAAGAAGAGCUCAGGAGUUCUGGUGAGCAAGAUGAUCAGAGUAUUCAGCCAAACAGUGAAGAGGAAGAUGCUGAUAUUUAUUGUGCUACCUGCAAGUUUCCCAUUAGAGCAUUUGACAAGUUGUUUGGUGCUCAUAAGGACCAUGAGGUGACCCAGCUUGCCAAUGCAGUGACAAGUGCAAAGGAGGAGAUUCAUAAAAGCAUGUGUAAAUUAGAAGAACAGAUUACUCAAAUGGAAAACUUUGCCAGUCACUUGGAGGAAAUUUUCAGCACUGUAGAGGAAAAUUUUGGGCGGCAAGAGCAGAACUUCGAGAUGCAUUAUGAUGAAGUCAUGCAAACCCUAGCUCAGAGAUAUGAAGAAAAGGUAGAAGCCCUUGGGGAAGAGAAGAAACAGAAGCUGGAAGCCCUGUAUGGGCAAUUGGUCAGUUGCGGAGAAAAUCUGGACAUCUGUAAGGAGCUGAUGGAAACAAUCCAGGAAGUGUACAAAGACAAGGAGAAAGCUGAUUUCAUAGAGGCUGCAGUACCUGUGGUGGACAGGCUGGGAGAGUUCUUAAAAAAAGAUAUAGAUUUAGAGCUUUCAGCACUGCCAGACUUUGGAGACAGAGUCAUAGAUUUCGCUGAUAUUCAGCAACUAAUGGAUUCCAUUAAUACCAUGUCAGCUCCUUCUGCUCCAGUGAUAAAUCCCCAGGCUCCCAACUCAGCAACUGGCACCUCCGUGAGAAUAUGCUGGGGCCUGUUCUCAGACGACACCGUCGAAUUCUACCAGCUGUAUUACAAACAAGUCAGCGACGACACACCUAGUGAGGAGCAAGCUGAGCUGAUGCUGAAAGUGAAAGAAACAUACUGCACAGUAAUGAACCUGGUGCCUAAUACACAAUAUGAAUUUUGGGUCAGUGCUUUAAAUGCCGCCGGCAUCAGUCCAGUGAGCGAACGAGCAGUUUAUGUGACAGCGCCUUCACCUCCUAUCCUUAAAAGAAAAGAAAGCCGAAGCUGUGAAAAUGCAGCACUGGUGUGUUGGGAAUCUGGAAACAUGAAUCCUGUUGACUCCUACACAGUUGAAUUGUCCAAACUAAUAAAUGGAGAGAAUGGAGAUAUCAUUACAGAAUCUAUUGUUGGAAUUCCUAACUGUGAAGCUCUAAUUCAGCUGCAGCCAGGACAAAGUUAUCUUAUCUCUGUAAGAGCUGUAAACAUGGGUGGUCCCAGUGAGAGAAGUGAGCCUAUUUCUAUCCAUACCACAGGCACUUACUUUUAUCUUAAUGAGGACACUGCCCAUCCUUUGCUGUCUGUUCUAGAAGAUGGAUUAACAAUUGCUUGCAGUGAAAUAGAAAGCUUAGAAUGUGAUUUGCCCUUCCGGGAUAAUGGUUUUACAAGAUGCAUUGCUAUCCUGGGAAACAUGAUACCAUUCCAAGGGAAACAUUACUGGGAGGUGGAAGUUGAUGAAAAUAUGGAAUACAGGGUCGGCGUGGCUUUUGAAAAUACUCACAGACACGGGUACCUGGGGGCAAACAACUCAUCCUGGUGCAUGAGGCAUAUUGUCACACCAGCAAGGCAUAAGUAUGAAUUUUUGCACAGCGGGACAACGCCAGACAUUAGGAUUACGGUUCCCCCGAAGAGGAUUGGCAUCCUGCUGGAUUAUGAAAGCUGGAAACUGUCCUUUUUUAACCUGGAUAUUGCACAGCACCUUUACACGUUCGAGGGUCCUUUCCAGCAUUACGUGCAUCCCUGUUUUUCUUUAGAAAAGCCUGGAAAACUAAGGAUACGAAAUGGCAUCGCGAUGCCCACAUCUAUUACUCUUUUAUGAUCAAUGGCUUGAGGGGCAGCUGAAGAGCAUGGUACAUCUGUGCCCAGCAUACUGACAAAAAUCCAUCACAAUCAUUUUCUCCCUUUUAUGUAUACAUCAUUUAUACGCCAGUGAAUCUCUCAAGGCUCAGUACUGCAUGCACAACUCCUAUGGAAGACCUUGCCAGCUGAAGAUCUGCAAGAUCAAGCCCAUAGACUGAUAUAUCCAUCUUAUGUCAUUCACAGGCUUCCUAAGUUCAGAAAGUUUCUGACCCUGCUGGAGAUGGACAAGCUCGUACUAGUGCACUAAAAAUAGCAGUGUGGACAGCGUGGCUUGGGCUGAAACUUAUGCUCUGAGGCAGGGGAGCCGAGUCCAUGCUCUCAGAAGGGGCGGAACCUCGGGUGGAAGGGGAGGGGCCUUGGGCAGCCAGCCCUCAGCUCUGCCCAGAGCACGGUGCUCCAGCUCUCCACCUCCGCAAAGUAGCCCUCAGAGCCACUCAGCAUUCCGGCAGUGAUUGAAAAGGUGCUGGGCUCACACAGCCACUGAAUCCAUGGUAAGAGGCAGAGGCAGCCUGAACCCAGACCCUUCUGAAUCGCCAUGCCUCAGGGCAAUUGCUCCCUUUGCCCCCUGCUUUCCCUCAUCGGUGGGCCAGUCCUCAGGUCUAGAUAGCAGGAAUCUUUCUGAGCUGGGAGCUCAGUCCCACCUGUAGUGUAAGCUUGCAAGUGUUCACAGAAAGAGGGCUGAGAAUGAGAUGUCGUGGGUAUGUCGCAAGGUGGCCAAUAUGAGGCACCACCCAUGCUACCCCAGUUACAUCUAGGUAUGGUGGGAAUCAUGCCUCCCAGCUCAAACGCAGAGGCACGCAGAGUGAGGAUGGGGCAGACUGCAUAAGGAACGCCAAUAUAUUUUGAUGAUCAUUGUUUUAAAAAACCAAGUGAUUUCUAUUCUCGCUUAUGUAAGGCUAAGAGCUAGGAAAGAGCUAUACAAAAAUGACCAGAAAAGCAAAGGGCUUUAUCACCACAGAGUUGUCAGAUGAAGCCAAAAAUGCUCAUAAGUUACGCAAGUACCAUAAAGCUGAUCUCAAAGUAUUUUUUGCAGCUGCUAUAGACUUUUUGAAGUCUAUGAACAAAAUAAUCAAAUACGCCUCACUGUCAUGUGAAUCACUUUUACCACUAGGAGAGGCCUUGUGAAAUAAUCAACCAUGUUAUAUGCUCAGUCAUAAAAGUCAUUUCACAAAA